AUGCUGCGGACAAUUUUCUUCGUCUCGUGCAGUGCGUUGAUCGUGUUGUCGGACGAUGGAGUUGGGUUGUUUCCUGAUAUUCCUGCGGGAGUCCUGGAUACGGAUAACGUUUUGUGCAGCGACCAUUUCGAGCAGUACGCGAAUCACUUGAGGAAUUUGAGCCUUUGGGCACACGAAAUGAGAGAUGCUACAGCCAAAUCAGUCACCGGUAUCCUGAGAGGCAGCAUUUCACAAUUCGGGCAGUUCGAAGAGUGUCUCACUGCCAAAGCACCGUUUCCCACUCAGUACUGUCUGGCAACAAUCAUCGCCAACGUCCCCAGACCAAUACCUGAGAGAAACCCGAAAUCGCUGAUAUAUGAACCGAAUGAAUCAGUUUUGAGGAAAAUAUACGAUAAAAAAGACCCAUCCCAACAACCGGAAAACGUCGUACUUAUGGGAUGGUGCGUUCCAGCGUCUUGCUCCCCCGCAAAUUUGCAGAAUAGUCUCAAUAAAUACUUCGAAGAGAUGGAUUUCCCACUGAAGAACGAGAAUGUCACGUAUUCAUCAGUGGUCGACGCAAGCAGUUGUCAAAAGGAAGAUGAGUACAAGGAAUUUGAUCAGGCAGAUAUUUCUUUCGGAUUAGUUUCUAGUAUCAUAGUUUCAAUAGUCAUUUUGUCGACUGUGUAUGACUUCUUCAGGGAUACUACAUCUGAGAAGCUGAAAGAAAGAUCACCUACUGUAGAACUCCUUAUUGCAUUCUCUCUAAGAAAAAACUACAGAAAGUUACCAUCUGCGAAUGAUUCUAAUCCAGCUUUGAAAAUCCUAUAUGGAAUGAGGGUGAUUUGCAUUUGUAUGAUAAUCAUGGAUCACAGGUUUGGUACUCAUUUGGCAUCAGGCAUUUUGAAUUUCGACAUUGUAGAAGAUCAAUAUAGAUCACCUGUAGGGACUAUAUUUUUUCACGGGGAUGUCUUCGUCGACUCAUUUUUCAUUUUGAGUGGUAUACUAGUUACUUACACUCUAAUGAUACAGUACGAUAAAAGAUUCAUGAACCCAGCAGUGAUAAUUUUCAUGAGAUAUGUAAGAUUGACCCCACUGUAUGCCAUGGUAAUAUUUUACUAUGCUACUAUGUUCAGAUACACUGGAGCAGGUCCUAUGUGGAAAAAAAUCAUAGUCCCAGAAGUUGAAGAUUGUAGAGCGAACUGGUGGACGAAUUUAUUAUACAUCAGUAAUUAUGUGAAUGUCGAUCACAUGUGUAUGGUACAUUCAUGGUAUCUUCCUUGCGACUUCCACUAUUUCAUCAUUGCCAUAGUACUAUGCAUCGUCAUCCACAAGAGUAAGAAAAUCGGACUUUUCUUUCUCGGCUUCGUCACUUUCUUGACUGUUCUGGCACCAUUCCUGGUGGUUUAUCUUCUAGAACUAUCGGCAGUUAUCUACUUCUAUCCAGAUUUUUUGAGGCUACCCAAACAGCAGGUGGAUUUCAUCCUGGCCUACUCAAAAUCUCAUACGAGGGCUUCGCCGUAUUUCAUCGGAAUGAUAGCUGGAUAUCUCUAUUAUAGGAUGAGAGGUUCAGGAAAACGUCUGAAAGUGACCUAUUCGCACCUCAUCCUUUUCGUCUCUCUCGGUAUCAUGGUCGGAUCAAUCGUAACCGGCGUAAUUUUCUACGACCCCGCCUACCAGUACAACCCGCUCGAGUCGGCCCUGUACGCCUCCAUGCACAGAGUCGUGUGGGCCGUAGGCAGCGUCGGGGUGCUCUACGUCGCCAGUUUCGGCCACGCCAAGUUCAUCUACAGGUUUUUAUCGUGGAGGCCUUGGGUACCACUCAGCAAAUUGGUGUACGGAGCUUAUUUGGUUCAUAUGCAGUUUCAACUUAGAGCAGUCGCAAGGAAGGGUGGUGCAGAUGUCAGUACUUAUUUCGAUGGGAUAAGUCAGGCUCUAUCAGAUAUCAUCUUGGCUUUUGGCACAGCUCUAAUACUAUACCUCUUUGUAGAGGCACCAUUCAGGAAUAUCUUCAGUUUGUUGUUGGCGCAUCCAAGAUCCAAUAAACAUUCGAAACAAAAGAGCGAAAGUCCCGAGAAUGUCAGUGAAUCAACCUGUGAUAGUCAUUUAUAG